AUGCAACUUCACCCUAAACAUUUGCCAGAAUACUCUUUUUCUUGCUUCCCCCCCUUUCUGAUUUCCCUUUCCAUCGCUUUUGUCUCAUUCCUCCUCCACCUUUCUGCUCCUCUUCUCGAGAGAAAUCUGCAAUCGCUGCGGGGAAUCCAGUUUGCAACCUUGUCUGCGCAUCUCGAGGCGAUCCGGAUUGCUUCCUCACAGAACUCGCUCCACCACGCCGCAGUCACGCUACUCGAAUAUACUACAGUAGACACUCACACACCUCAAUCGCCCGUAUCUGCCUGUCUCAACUUAACCCAUCUCCACCUCCCGAGACCGCUCAUUGCCCAUUUGGAAGGACACAGUUCCAAAACGAACGAUUCGCACAUCUGCUAA